UGAUACAAGUAUUUACUUUGUAAGGUAAACUUUGUGUAGUAAACCUAAUCAAAGAAAUUGUAUAAUGCUUCAAAUUCAACAGGAUAUAUAGCAAGCCAUAUUUAAAUGAACAACAUCGAUCAACCACCCAAUUUCAUGUUUCCCAAACCAAACUACAUGUACAAGUGAAGGCAAGAGUAAUAAGAGUCGACGUUCAAUAAGUCACAUCCCAAGUUUAACCAACCAUCGCAGAACAAGAUUUGUCAGAUCAUGAACAAAACAUUGAAAAUACAUGUACUUCUUUUAAAACCUGUUGAUUUUAUUUUUACCAUACUGGCGAUAAAUCAAGGUACUACACCUGGAUAACCAUGUUUACCCUUCUGAACUCAUGGUGGGAAGUGAAUUAGAUGGGUCCAGAAAUACAUGAAAUUGGAGAAAAUAUUUAUACCCUACAUUCGGUGGUAAAUGAAAUAAAAGAUAAAACAACAAGAGAUAGACUUCAAGUUUUACCAUACACAAUUAAAUUUAAGGAACCAUCUUCAGAAGCUAUAUUAUUUGUAACUGAGUUUUCAAAGAAAACUGGUGAUUACAAAAGUUUAUCUGGUGUUGAUAUAAGAUUAAUAGCUUUAACUUAUCAACUAGAAAAACAAUAUGUGGGAACAGACCACAUCAAGAGAACACCUCCCCUACAGGCAGAAUGGAAUAUGACAAAGUAUAAUUUGGAGAAACCUACAGACAUUGCUGGGUUUUAUCUAAAAUCAGAGGACAGUAAGGCAAGAUCACGUAAUUCUUCAGAGUGUUCAAAAGUGGAUGUUAUUGAAAGUAAUCCCACAGAAAAAGUGUUACCAGUCAUCUCAGAAACAGGCGACAGCCCAGAAAAUAAUGUGAAAAAUAAUGAACCCGAAUCUCAAAUAAACAAUACAACAGAAAAUAUUUCAUCUGAUCAGAACUCGGUUUUUCCGACUCAGUAUAAAUCUAAAGGAGAAGGAGAUGUGUUAAGAGCAGAUGAUAUAGAAGAGGGUGAAGAAUCAGAUGAAGAAGACGAGAGUGAUGAUGAUGAUGAUGAUGAUGGUGGAUGGAUUACUCCCAGUAAUAUUAAAGAAAUUCGUGAGAAGAUGGGUGAUGUUAAUACAGAGAAGGCUAAUGUACCAGUUGGGUGUAUAACAACAGAUUUUGCCAUGCAGAAUGUUUUGAUACAGAUGGGUUUAAAUGUGAUAUCAAUUGAUGGAAUGAUUAUUAAAAAAACCAAGAACUAUGUAUUACGAUGCUUUGCCUGUAUGAAAAUAACAAAGAUAUUACAUAAACAGUUCUGUCCACACUGUGGUAAUAAAACAUUAAAACGUUUGUCAAUGACAGUAGAAGAAGAUGGUUCUAUUAAAUAUUUCUACUCGGCAAGGAAAUUAAAUUGCACAAAAGGAAUGAAUAAAAAUUUGGGAAUGCCAAGAACUGGUAGACAUGCUAAUAAUCCUAUCUUAGUAGAAGAUCAACCUGUUUCACAGCAACACCCAACACGACGCUCACAGAUCAAAGUUGAUGCUUUAAAUCCAGAUUAUGUAGCCGGUUCUUCACCAUUUGCGAUGAAUGAUGUCACAAGUAGAGCUGCACAGCUUGGUAUCAAUAAUAAGCGUAUGAGAGAAUUUCAUCAGAAUGGAAAAAGAACUUUCAUACGUAAAAAGUAAAUUUACUGAAUAAAUUUUAUAAAACAAAA